AUGGCUGCUCCCUCUUACCCUGCAAGACACUCAGCUUCUCCACCCCCCUUAGACAAAGCUGCAGGUACCCUGGGCCCCCAGGCCUGGGGGCCCCCCCCCUACAGGGCCCCUGUGCGGCAGAGGCAGGAGCUGCUGCUGGUGCAGCAGCAGCAGCAGCAGAUCUCCACCCCCCUUAGACAAAGCUGCAGGUACCCUGGGCCCCCAGGCCUGGGGGGCCCCCCCCUACAGGGCCCCUGUGCGGCAGAGGCAGGAGCUGCUGCUGGUGCAGCAGCAGCAGCAGCAGCAGCAGCAACUUUUCUAGCAGCAGCAGCUGUUGCAGCGGCCAAAGAGGCAGAAGCAGCGACAGCAACAACUGCGGCAAACACCUCACCAGUUGCUGCAGCAACAGCAGCAGCUGCUGCUACAGCAACAGCAACAGCAGCAGCAGCAGCAGCAGCAGCAGCAGCACCUACGGCAGCAAGCUAUCACUGA